AUGUCUCCAUCAGCACUGACCAAUGUCGACACGGUCGACAUUGUCGAUAUUCAUCAGGAUGACGUUCAGUUUUCUCUCACAGAUGAGCUACACAGGGGUCUCAACCCGCCAAAGGGCCAAGCCCGUUCAUUCCCUACACUUCUCCUCUACGAUACCAAGGGUCUGAAGCUUUUUGAGAAGAUCACAUACCUAGAUGAAUACUAUCCCACCAACGCGGAGAUCGAAGUUCUCAAAACACAUGCGCAAAGAAUUGUGGAGCGAAUCCCGGAGAAUGCAAUGCUUGUGGAGCUAGGCAGUGGGAAUCUGCGCAAGAUCGAAAUCAUCCUCCGAGAGUGUGAGCGGGUCGAGAAGCACGUAGACUACUAUGCAUUGGAUUUGUCUUUGGCGGAACUGCAACGGACCUUCGCGGAAAUCACCCCGGAAAGCUUCACAUACGUUGCACUGCAUGGUCUCCAUGGCACAUACGACGAUGCUCUAGUGUGGCUACAAGACCCGGAGAACUCUACAAGGCCAGUCAUUGUCAUGUCAAUGGGGUCCUCUCUUGGAAAUUUCCCUCGCGCAAGUGCCGCAGAAUUUCUUGGGAGUUGGUCGAAGGUUUUAAAGGCAUCGGAUUUUCUACUCAUCGGUCUGGAUGCUUGUAAAAUCCCAGAAAGGGUCUUCAAAGCCUACAAUGACUCUGAGGGCAUCACCCAGCAAUUCUAUGAGAAUGGGCUGUCGCAUGCCAAUGCCGUUAUGGGCUACGAGGCUUUCAAGGCCGAUGAGUGGGAGAUCUUGACAAGUUACGAUAACCGGGAAGGACGACAUCAAGCGUUCUAUUCUCCAAAGGUUGACGUAACUAUCGGCGAUACCACAGUUCGCAAGGGAGAAAAACUCCUUUUUGAAGAAGCCUACAAGUACCACCGCAAAGAACGUGAUGAGCUCUGUCGGAGGGCGGGAUUGAUAUCUCAAGUCGAGUUCGGAAAUUCUAGGGAUGAUUAUCGUACGUUAACCAAACAGUCCUUCAUACCUUCAGGUCGAACUGUGCUCACUCAGAAUCAAAUAACAGACAUCCAUUUGUACUCACCUGCCACUCUGGGUAGGCCCACCAAGCCAUCUGAAUAUGCAGCACACCCCGUUCCAAGCCUUGAAGAUUUCCAGUCCCUUUGGACUGCGUGGGAUAUUGCCACGAAAACCAUGAUUCCCCGUGAAGAUCUUCUUUCUCAGCCCAUCAAGCUCCGAAAUGCAUUGAUUUUCUACCUCGAUAUCCAUCUUACGCGAGCCUCGCGUGGCAAGCCUACGCAUCCCAAAUACUAUCAACAAAUCUUUGAGCGAGGAAUAGACCCCGAUGUUGAAGACCCAGAGCAGUGCCACUCCCACAGUGAAAUUCCUGACGAAUGGCCACCUUUGGACGAAAUAUUGGACUACCAAGAGCGAGUCCGCAAUCGGGCACGAUCUUUCCUUCAAAAUGGUGCAGCGUUGAAAAAUCGCUUCCUAGCCGAGGCUCUCUGGAUUGGAUUUGAGCACGAGGCAAUGCACCUGGAGACUUUCCUCUACAUGUUACUUCAAAGCGAUAGAACACUGCCGCCGAUCGGGUUCAACACGCCUAAUUUCAGGCAGAUAGCCCAGGAUGCAAAGAAGAACGAGAAACCUAAUCAAUGGUUUCAUAUUCCCAAGCAGACGUUUACAGUCGGGUUGAAUGAUGUGGAUGAUUCUACGUUACCCCGUGAUUCCUUUGGCUGGGACAACGAGAAGCCCCAGAGAUCCAUCUCGGUGCAUUCUUUCGAAGCGCAGGCUCGACCGAUUACCAAUGGAGAAUAUGCAAAAUACGUGCAAGCUCAGCACCUAUCGGUAUUGCCAGCUUCCUGGGCGCGUGCUCCUUCACCUCAGGAGAACCCCAUUUCCAAGGGCAUGGCCCAGUUAUACUCUGGUGGAAGCUCCGCCACAACCCAAGAUCCCUUGGAGGGUAUUUCUGUUCGUACUGUUUACGGACUCGUUCCCCUUUCACUAGCUCAGGACUGGCCUUUGAUUGCCUCCUACGAUGAGCUCGCCGAUUACGCUAAGUGGAUGAGAUGCCGUAUCCCAACAUUUGAGGAAACCAGGAGCAUCUAUAUGUAUUCUGAUAAGCUUCGUCAGAAUUAUUCUCCAAAGCUCAAUGGCCAUAGCAAUGGAGUCAACGGAACUUUAACCAACGGAAGCAACGGCAUCAAGAAACAGGCCUUCGAAGAACCGCCCGUCUUCCGCAAUCUUGACGGUUGCAAUGUGGGCUUUAAGAAUUGGCAUCCUGUCCCCGUUACACCAAGCGGCGAUAAACUUGCUGGUCAGGCGGAUUUCUUCGAUGGAAAGCACAACGUCAUCCAGGGCGGUUCAUGGGCGACGCUCCCCCGGAUUGCGGGUCGAACCACGUUUGUGAACUGGUACCAGCACAACUAUCUGUAUGCGUGGGCAGGAGCACGCCUGGUGAGAGACCGCGAUGUGUAG